AUGGAGAUCAUUGUGAAUGGGACUUUUUUCUCUGAUUCGGGCUGCCCUCACCCCCGAGACAAGAUUGCUUUUAUAGGAGCGAACAACGUCAGGUUAAUGUUCGAGUUGCCUGAGGAGAUGGGUUUAAUAGCAGUGGCUGUUCGACAAACACAAGGGAAAGGUCGUGGUGGAAACGUUUGGCUCAGUCCCGUGGGCUGUGCCCUGUCCACUCUGCACAUCUCCAUCCCUCUACAUUCCAACCUAGGCCAGAGAAUUCCUUUUAUCCAGCACCUGGUGUCCUUGGCAGUGGUAGAGGCAGUCAGAUCCAUACCAGGAUAUGAGGACAUUGAUCUGCGAGUGAAGUGGCCAAAUGACAUUUACUACAGUGAUCUGAUGAAGCUCGGUGGAGUUCUGGUAAACUCAACACUCAUUGAAACAACAUUUCAUAUUCUCAUUGGCUUUGGAUUUAAUGUGAGUAACAGCAACCCCACCAUCUGCAUCAAUGACCUCAUUGCACAGUUUAACAGGGAGGAGGGGACGGAGCUGAAGCCCCUGGGUGCAGACUGCCUCAUUGCCAGGACUGUGACUGUGCUGGAGAGGCUCGUGGAGGUUUUUCAGGAGAAGGGGCCCAAUGGAGUUCUUCCCCAGUACUACAAGUACUGGGUACACAGCGGGAAGCAGGUGCGGCUGCGCGACGAGGACGGCCCGCUGGCCUGGAUUGUUGGGAUUGAUGACUAUGGAUACCUCCAGGUGCACCAGGAGGGCAAGGGCGUGGAGUCCGUGCACCCUGAUGGCAACUCCUUUGACAUGCUGAGGAACCUCAUCGUCCCCAAGCACUGACAGCCCCCAGGGAACUCUUUAGCGGUGGGUGCUCUCACCUGAACCUGCUCAAGGUGGGAAGGGUGACUGAGAGUUGGAUUUUUCAUUCUGAUUUUCUGCCUUGUCUUUGCCACGGGUAACUCCAGCAGCUGGAAGGAGGCGGUGGUCUCGUAGCUGAGGGCCUUUGUUCUUUGCAUUAACCUUAAAACACACCUCUGUUGCCGUUCUUUGUGAGGAUCAGUUCUUUGCAAGGAGUCUGAUUCCAAAUAAGGAUUAUUUGUGGUGGACAGAACUUUCUCUUCAUUUACACCCUGUGCUGGAGAGACUGAAGUGGCUCAAUAUUUCCUUUUUUUUGUUUCUGUGUGAUUUAGCACAGUGCAGGGCAAUACUCGCUUUUUUAUUUUGGUUUAUUUUUUAUUGAAUUCUGUUUUUCUGUGUUGUCUGCACUAAAACCAGCUGGAACAUCACAUAUUCCUGAAUUGCUGGGCUCACCAUUGUGCUUAAUUCCGGGUCUGAGCGAAGAUCCUUGCUGAGUUGGUUCUUCUCUUUGUAGACCUCUACAAUUUACCGGCCUGUGCUUUGAUCUCAGGCCUGCCUUAACUUUUUGGGAGAGUAUUCCAUCAGCACUUAGGAGCUGUGCUUGGUUAUCCAAGUGAUCUGCACUCUGCUCUCCUCAGUCACUUGGAUCUGAGGAAAUCAUCUCAUCUGUCCUUUAAAUCAGGGUUUUCCAAGACGUCUCAGCCCCUGGAAAUAAAACCCGCUGGAGCAGUUGUCACAGCCAGGGUUUUGUAGAAUCCCAUCUCAGGGGAUGGAACCUCUGAUUAAUUUAGAAUUUAGUGGUAAUUGCAUCAUUAUCUCAACGAAGUUAAGCGAAUAAAUAAAGGGAAUAAACCAAAUUCCCUGCUGCAGGCAGCUGCUCCAGUGAAAAAGAGAAAUCACACCGUUCCCCCGUGUCCAAAUUCUCUCCCCCAGCUGCGUUGUCACCCCCUUCCCCGAGCCAGUGUCUGGUUCUGCUGCUGAACAUUAAAGCAAGAGCUUUAACACCUGCUGACCUAAAAGCAGCUCGUUUUUGGGGCUGCCUGCACAUUUCCAGGUGGGGGGACCAGCCUGGGAAUUCUCCUGGAGCAGCCACGGGGGAGCUUGGCGGGGUUUUCUCCCAAGGAGAGUUGGCCACCACAGCUCCCCAAACUAUUCUGUGCCCACCGGGUUUGUCCCAGGUGUGAUGUGGACACCUUAAUUUCUUUUUUUUUUUUUUUUUUUACAUGGUGGAUCAGCCAGAUUGGUUUCCAGAAAGGAAACUACUGUCUGCUAGCCAGAAAUGGGGUUUUUGGGUUAAAGUUCACCUCAUAAACAAUCCAAACAAUUUAGAUUGUUUCAGCUCCAAAGCCAAGAAGUCUUAAAACAAGGAAACUUGUCUGUAAUGGUAAUUUUUGACCAAUCCCCACAUAUUAGGGUUUAAGUGGUUUGGCAGCAAGAGUAGAAAUUAAAUUGUCCCUGUUAAAUUUAGGAUUUUAUGCUCCAUCUCACAGAAGAUUUGUCCUGAUUGUCCAAACCCCGCUGGGUUUUUUUCGUUCCCCACAAUCCAAAUCACGUGAGGCUGCACACCAGCAUCUCCUAGAACUGCGCACACAACAGCUGUUAAUUGCCAUAAUUAAAAUGAUACACCGAGUUUAGCUUUUUCCCACCAGAUGCUUUCAAAAGUGCUUUGGGCUGAGAGCAUUUGGCAGCUACCUUUGAUAUCAGAAUUCGAUAUUAAUGCAUGUAGUCAAAUGAAACUCGAGUCUGGCUUAAUAAAGCUUCAAGGAAAAGAAGAAAACCAUAUAUUUGUAUCUAGAUCUAUUAAAAAUGGGUGUGCACAUGCACGCUGGCAUCUUCCUCCCUCAUUUGUUUUCUGCCUCUUCCUUCACGGGCGAACUGUGCCGCUGCAGGAAAGCAGAGCUCUGGGGCUGCUUUUCCAACCACAGAGUUUUACAGAACUUCACCUUAAACCCAGAAUUCGUAGCUAAAACUGUCUCAGCUUUAGGAUUUGCCCGUAGGAAGCACCUUUUGGGGUUUUGUUCAUGUUCCACGCAGGCUGGGAAGUGCCUGGAGGGAUUGAACAGCCAGGUCGUGCCUCAGGCUGGGGCUUGAGUGACUUCCUUAAAACUUCCCUUAAAACUUCAAGCUCCCUUCACUGGGGGCAAAAAAAGAGAUGGGGAAAAGGAUAAAACGUGGGAAUUUUGGAAGGGCAGGUUGAGUUUGUAAAGCUCCAGUGGCUGAGGAGCAGCAGCAGAGGGGUUUUUUUUUAACAGCAAAAUGCUGCAACGUUUCCUGGUCGCUGUUGGUCCUUUUGUAGCUGCUUUGGUGAUGAGCAGCUUCUGUUCUCACUGGAGUUGUCAGGCUAUUCCCAACAUUUUUUUUUGCGCUGGGAGGAAACUUGGGAGUGGGAUUUCCUUGCCACAAGGCAGAGCCGGCUGUGCCAGAGCUCGGGGGGUGCUGUGGGAACCACUUUGCCUUUUCAGCGGCCUCGCCUGGUGCCUCAGACUUCCAGCCUGGGUUUGGAGGAAGAAGAACCAAAGACAAGGAGAAUUCCCAGGGGAUAAGGAGCAGCUGGAUAAAGUCCUUGUGGAUGAGUGCUUGGAGAAGGCCCUGACUCGGUCAGGUAGAGGGGAGGCACAAGGGUCUGACUCUGCCGAACGUGGCACACCCGGAAAGCCACAACGUUUUUGCAGGAAAAUCCUUGUUUUUCUUGUUCUCGCCGUGCGACAGACAAAUGUGGUGUGGGCCGUCCCUGGAUGUGGGGACGGGGAGAUCCAGGCCCAGGAAUAACGCACUGAAAAUGUUUCAUUUCGUUCAGCUGUCUGGAUUAGUAAAACACCUCUUCCAUUGUGAGGCUGAGGUCAUAUCUUAAACUAUUUUCUUGAUGAAGUGCUUUUCAAAAAACCCAUUUAUUGCCAUGUCCGCGUUUCUGUGACUUCAUUUUUUUUCUUUUUUUUCUUUUUUUUUUUUCCUGCUGGGCUCUGGUGGAACAUUUCUCAUGGUGAAAACAUUUGUGGGGGUUGUUUAUUGAUAGGAAAACUUCUGGGCGUGUUGUGAGUCCAAGGUGGGUCGUGCCCAGGCAGCAGCAAAGCUGCUUCCAAAGGUUUGAAAAAGUAAUAAUGUACUUCACAUUUCAGAGUCCAGGCAGCACAUCCUGCUUCUAGUAAAGCUUUUAUAAGGCUUCAGAGAUUUUUUUUUUUUUAAAUAAAUAUAUCCAACAAAUCAAGGGCUAUUACCUGGAAAUAAUAUUAAAGCAUUUAAUUCUUUAUGCUGCUGCUUCGCUGUGCAAAAAAAAAUUGGUUUCUUUGCUUUCUCUGAUUCAGCUGCAUCAGCAGCCUGGAAAAAAAAGAAAAAUUUACUUUUUGCAACUCCUUUGGAGCUCUCUGUAAUCAAAAUAUCUGUCAUGGGCAAGAUUUGUGCUGUUUCCUGGGUUUGAUAAAAAACAUUUGCAUGUCUAAGUGGUGGUGGGGAUGCACUGCCUUGAUCAGACACCAAAGAAAUUAAAUCUGAGCCCAGGAAAGAGCAGAGGUCAAAAAAUGAUGGAGAAAAGAGAACCGCAGGAAAGAAUUGUCAAGUGUUGAGCAUCUCAUGAGUGAUUCUGUGUUGUUUGCAUUUUCCAAGUGUCUUCAUUUAAAAAGCAAGGUGGCAAAAAUACAGUAAAUUAAAAAAAAAAAAAAAAUCAGUGUGUGUUUUAUAGUACAUUCAUUGUCAAUCAUAGAACGUGUCACAGUUGAAAUAAAUUUUCAAAU